AAGAUUUCUAUUUGUAGGAACAAUUGUUAAGAAGUGACGAAUAUAUGUUUCCCAAGUGCACAUUUUGCAAAAGCAUCUAAAUUGGUGUGGAGAGCAGUUGCGGGUAGAUUUGUUGCAGCGCACCCUGUAAGGCAAGUAUCUGACGGAUUCGAAUAGCACUCUCUGGCGUUGCUGGCCUGCGAUAGCUGAACUCAGUCACUGAGUUAAUCGCGAUGAGUUUACAUCGCAAAAUCGCUACGCGUGUUUCGUCUUGGAAACCAUACGGUAGAUAUUGUUGUAUACACUUGUACAGCAACAGAAGCAGAAGCAGCCACGGCAACGGCAGCAGCAGCAGCAGCAGCAUUUAGAAGUAGCAGCACCAGCACCAGUAACAGCAACAACAACACCAAUAAUUAAUUGCAAAGUAAAAGGUGAAGAAUGGUGAUAGAAAAUAAAAUCCAAACGGAAGUUUCAACAUUAAUUGCAUGAACUUACAUAUAUCCGAUUUAGAUAAAUAAAACAAAGGAAUAUCCUAAUAUAUAUACUAUACAUACAAAGAUACGUGCAUUUGUAUGUAUAUAAAUAUAUAUCUAUAUAUAUAUAUAUAUAUAUAUAUUUAUGAAAUCGUAAUAAGUCGGAACGCAGUUUUCAUAAGUACGGCUGAGUCUCCCGCGCUCCCUCUGUGUGUAUAUAAAUAUCUUUGUGUAUGUGUAGGUGAGUUCUGCAUAUAUGUAUGUUAGUGUGUGUGAUCAAGUAUGGAAAUGCACGAAGGUAUCUGACAGCGCGCGGCGGUUAAAAUGUGCAAAACGUACGGUAAACGCGGCGGCGACGAAGACGGCGACGGUCGUUGUGUGCGAAAGUAGGGUGUAUGCAACCCGGCAUGGUACGCAGCACUGUUCUUUGCAAUACCCAUUUACUCGUAUGUAUGUAUGUAUGUAUGUACAAACGGUCGUUCGUACCCUCAGAAAUGCAGUGUCGGUGCAUAGCGGCGCGGUGGGCGGUAUAGCGAUGCGCGGCGCAUCGACGACGUGAAACGACCCGAUACUUGACCAUUGGAAAGUGCAAAGAUAAAACAAAUGCAACAACAACCGCAAUUAAAGGCAAAUGUGUGCAUAAAAUGGCAACAACAAUGUUGAAAGUUUGACGCGACAUGCAAUGAGAAAAAUGAAAAGAAAAUAAAACCAAAUAUGAAGAAAAAAUAGAAAUAAAAAUAAAUUUAAAAAGGAAAUUACGAAAUUUCGCCCAUUUUUAAAGCGCCAACCCACCUAAGGCCGCGCUUUGAAUACUACUAUGUUAAUGUGAAGGCAGCAAAAUCGUUGCUUUAUAUGCGUUAAAAAAUAAAUAAAUAUAUUAUCGUUUAUAUACAUACGUACAUAUGUAUGUUUGUGUAUGAGUGUGCGUUUUAAAUGCAUCGAUGGGUGCUUAUAUGUGUGCCUGACUGAAGUUGGGCAAAUGCAUACAUACACGUACAUGCAUACAUCCAUUCAUACAUAUGUAUGUGCAUGUGUAGUAUAUAAUAUGAAUUGUUUUGAUAAAAUGAAAUGUUUUGUAGUCACAGCAUUUCAAAGUGUGAAUAAAAUUAUCACAAUAUAUUUAUAUUGUAAUUCUCUUCCCCGUCCAUAUAGUGAUUACAUAUUGAAAGAUAAAUACUAAUUGAUAAAAAAAUAUGAAUGUUAUGAAAAUAAAUUCAUAAAGCAAUAAAAAUAAAACAAGAAAAUAUCAAAUAAUAUUACUAGGAAAUGUUAUAGCAAAUAUUGAAUUCAUCAGUUCUAUUAAGUUAUGUGAAAUAAUUAAGAAUCUAUAAUAAUAAUAAUAAUGAAAAGUAAAAAUAUACAACUUAAAUGUAAUACCGGAUUUUACGAGCAUUGUCAUUAAUAUAAUAUAUGGAGGUUUUUCGAAAAUACAUUUUCAGAAACAGUCCAUAGGAAAACCAGAACUCUGUGUAAACGCACUUAAAAUUAGAUACGAUCGCCUGGAAAAGACAAAUAAACAAAACAAAAAUCUAAAAAACGGAAAUCCAUUCAUAUGCUCACAACAAAAUAAAUGUGUGUGUGUCAGUGCUUGAAUAAAAUAAGGUUAAACCGAAAUCCAUAAAAUUCCCAUUCCAUUUGAAAAGUAUAUACCGAUUUGGCGAAUUCAGUUGUUCUCCGAUGCGCAUAGGGUGGAGCCCGCUCCUCUUGAAACAAGUUGCAUCCAUGAAGUUCUAUAAACAAAAUGGUACGUGAACAGACCCGAAAAAUUUGUUUUGGUCAAAUACCCGAAGGGAGAUUACGAGAGGAUACAAAACAUCGAGAGCACCUUAAACGGUAUGCUUCCUAGUCCAGAUUCGAAAAGAAAAUUACAUAAAAUGUCAGAGCUAAACUGAAUAAAAAAAAAACUUUGAAUGAAAUAAAAGCAAAAAAAAAACAUACAUAUACAUAUUUAUAUACAUUACAUGUAACAAUAAAAAUCGCCUGAAUGCAUAAAAGGGAGGAGUUGACAUUGAAUGCGAAUAUUAGCGCCAAAAACAGCAGCUCAUCAAAUUGAAUUAAAUUCAAUAACAACAAUAAUAAACUCCUGCCCUCAAGGAAGCUGAGAAGUCGCGAAACCAAAUCACCAAACAACAAAGAAUACGAAAUUCAAAUGAGAAAACCGAAGAAAAAAUCGUUUCGAAUUUUAGAAUAACAAAAACCAGAAGCACGGCGAAACAGUUAAUCAGGAAUAUUGUGAUGUCUACGGAAGACGUUUCUCCACCUAAUUUCACAGAACGGAAAAGUGGCUUCUAUGAACGCAGUUCCCGCAUAGUUGCAGAUAACGACUCAUAUUUGCGUCGUUCGAAUCACUCGUAUAUCGGCAAUAUCGGUGGUGGUUAUCAAACAUCCAACAGUUUGUCGUCGUCGAGUGCAACAGCGUCUAUACAUGAUACAUCAUCUACUGGUCAAAUAGGCUCUGGUCCUAGCCAAGGUAUUAUUAGUACCACAUGCGAUAAUCGCAAUAAAGCACGUGAACGCUUAUAUAAAAAUGGACCAUACACACCAGCACAGUUAAACGAGAGGAGUUCCAACGGUGCCACCAUCAACAAUUAUAACCGUGCUUUCUCGUCGUCAUGGUACGACGCUGCUACGACGAACACGAACGGUCCUGGUGGCAGUGGCAAUGCCGGCGCCUCAACAGUAGGCACCAGCAGCAGCAACCACAAUUUUUAUUCCACCUCAAAUUUAAUCACCACACCUGCCUCCUCAAUCAAUCCAGUAAUUGCGAGCAGCAUCGCGACGUCUUAUCAGCGGAACAAUUACUACGGCCCUGCGCCGGACACUGGCGCUGCGUCGCCACAUAUAACAACAACAACAUCAUCCGCGGCUGGUGCUUACUGGAUGAAAAAUAAUACAAAACUGUGUAGAGUUGCAAAAUCAUCAUCCCGCAUUGGCUCGGAAUCCCCAAAAAAUCCAUUUACAACAACUUCGAUAGCUGCGGUGACAACGGCAACGACGACGACGAUUACGUCGAUAAAAACGUCAUCAGAUAUAGCGGGGAUGGUUAUGGGAAUGGGUGCACCAACUACAGCUUCGACCACAUCCGCGGUUGCAACAACAAAUAGUAAUAGUAGCAGUUGUAGUACAAUCAGUAGUAGUUAUAACAGUAGUUUAAGCAGUAUCAGUAAUCCAACCCCAACAACGCAAGCGACUCCCAACACGCCAACGUCAUCAUCACAGUCACCUGCUGGAAACCAAACAAACGGUAACAGUAGUAAUGGGAUAACCAAUGCCGCAAAUUUACACGCGGCUGCAGAUGCUGAAAAUCUGCAUUUUAUAAAUAGGGCUGCCACCAAUAAUAAUACCACCUCCUCUUCCACAGCUCUUGAGUUAUCCAAUGUAAGCAGUACACCGCUCUCUGUGUGCUCGCAAAAUACGGAUCAACAGCCACAUACAGGACGUCGACGCCAUCGGUUGCAUGGUCGACGUACGACAUCGUCGAGCCGUUCGCACUCUCGUUCGCCCAGCAGUUACAGCUCGUCGCAUAGCUCCUCCUCAUCGUCAAACACUUCAUCUCAUUCACACGCAUCAAGUCCCGUUAGAGUUGGCGAUUCUAACCUGUCUCGAUCUACAGGUGGGCUGCCAAGAAAGUCUCGGCAAAAUUUACAAUCAGCAGUUACAGCUCCAGCACAAGGUACAACAGGUGGAAUGGCGGGUAGUGGCACUGCCAGCAGCAACUCCAGCAGCAGCAGCAGUAGCAGCAGCGGCAAUAGCACAGCUUGUAACACUGUCAAUCCCAUUGUUCAUUCCGAAGACAAUCGACCGCUCGCUAUCUGUGUGCGAAAUUUACCCUCUCGUUCCUCGGACACAUCCUUAAAGGAUGGCCUCUUUCAUGAGUACAAAAAGCAUGGCAAAGUCACCUGGGUAAAAGUGGUAGGCCAAAAUUCGGAACGCUAUGCUUUGGUUUGUUUUAAGAAACCGGAUGAUGUGGAGAAAGCAUUAGAAGUCUCGCAAGAUAAACUCUUUUUCGGUUGUAAAAUAGAAGUUGAACCUUAUCAGGGCUACGAUGUGGAAGAUAACGAAUUCCGGCCAUACGAAGCUGAGCUAGACGAAUAUCACCCGAAAUCGACGCGCACUCUUUUCAUUGGCAAUUUGGAGAAAGAAAUAACCGCCAGUGAGCUGCGUAGCCAUUUUGAUUGCUUCGGUGAAAUCAUCGAAAUCGAUAUCAAGAAACAAGGUACACAAGCGUACGCUUUCUGUCAAUACUCAGAUAUAAUUUCUGUGGUUAAGGCAAUGCGCAAAAUGGAUGGCGAACAUCUCGGUGGCAAUAGAAUUAAACUGGGUUUUGGCAAGUCAAUGCCUACCAAUUGUGUGUGGAUUGACGGAGUGACGGAGAAGAUAUCGGAGUCGCUGCUACAGUCACAUUUCUCCCGUUAUGGCACCGUGACGAAAGUGAUGGUGGACCGACUUCGGCAACUGGCCUUGGUCCUGUACGAUCAAAUACAAUAUGCGCAAACAGCUGUAAAGGAAAUGCGCGGCGCAACAUUACGCGGCCGCCGAUUGCAAGUGGAUUUCGCUUCGCGUGAAUGUCAGGAUGCUUUCUAUGAUAAGCUGGAGAAGCAGAAUGCAGGCAAUCGGUUACACCGUUACGAUUCACAAUCGCGUUCGCGUGCCUCCUCCUUCAGUCGUCAUCAGAACUCGAACGAUGGGUGUUCACCCAGCAACACACCCGGCAGUAGCAGCAGCUGUAGUAGUUCCAGUGUAACAUUAACUACAACUGGGGCGUCUGCACCUGCACCUUCGUUACCAUCCUCAAUCGUCGCCAGUGUGGGUGUUGGCAGUAAUUCUGCAACGUCGAACAGCACGACGCAAAAUUUGCCCAUGUCGGGUAACUCGACACCGGCCCGUAAUCGUGGGUCGCGCAGCUCACGGCACACCGUGGACUAUGAUUACCUGGAUAUGCGACGAUUCCGUUCCUAUGACGAGUAUAGCCAAGGUUCGGGUGCUUCGCAUGACGAGGAUGCCGCUGCUGGUUCGCAUGGUGUGUAUGCGACGGUUGGUAGCGGCGGUGGCAGUGGCGGUGGUUUUAGUGUCGGCCUACGAUCUGAUUCGCCCUUGCUGUCACGUUUGGGCCCGAUCGUUAGUGGCGGUAGUGCUAACCCAGCACCAGGUGCGCAUGAACGAGUAAAUGAAACGCUUGAAGUGACGGUGAACAGCAGCAGUGGGCGCCGUCGUUGUGAUAAAAGUCCUGCGAAACAAAAAGGUGAUAUAAGAAUUCUACAAAAAGAACGUUCCCAUCUUUUAGAGCAACUUGAAGAAUGCCCGUCCAGUGGUGAUGAGAGUAUAGUGAGUCCGCGUAAGCGCAUUAAAAUCGAUCAUCAUCAUUCCAUGAGCACCAGUAGCGGACUGUCUCAGUUACAUAUGGCGGAGACGGGAAACGGCACUGGCGUUCAACAUAAAAGUAACCUAAGUUCCAACUGUGAUGCCAACGAAUAUGAUGUCCCGGCAGUAACCGGGCAGCGGAAGAGUGAAGUUCGCCGACUUUCAGACCCCAGUUUCAAAUACCAUCAUCCAGCUCAGUAUCAAACACAUUCACACUCAACGCAGCCAUAUCAGCUACAACUGGUGCGCCGACCGUCCAUAGAUAUAACGGCGACACUUGGCGUUGGUAGCACCGGCUCCGUUUCUGCACGCCAUGGCAGUGUGAGCAGUACUGGUUCUGGCAGUGAUCACCACCAUCAAACAUCGCAUUCGAAUGCUUCCGGGGGCGGUGUGCUUUCGAGCUCGUUACCGUGUAAGCGCCGAAGAGUCGCAGGUACAAGCAGCGGCAGUGGAAACGGCAACAAUGGUAUGCUUUCUAACUCCACAACGACAUGUGGUAUAGGUUUAUCUAACAGCACUGGCUGCGGAAAUGCUGGCGGUAGUGGAGGUGACGAUUUUCAGCAGCAACACACGAGUUCCCGAAGUCGUGGCCAUCCAAUACAUUCCCAUCAUUCACAUGAACCCAGUGGCGGCGAUAGUGCCGAAGGCUCACGUCCCGGCACACCACUCUUUGAUGAGCGUCCCGAAGUAUUGCCGAGCGAUCCACGGCGUGUGUCGCGUGAAAGUCGGCGUGAGCCGCUCUUAUUGCCACUGCCAAAGUUCGGUAUACAGUUCUUUCAUCAAUACUGCAAAAAUCCGGCGGGACAAUCUAUUUCAAGUACAGCAGGUCACAAUGGUGGCAAUACGACGGGCUUUCAUCACAGCAGUGCAAGUUUGCUCUCCUCCUCAUCUAUGGCGACGUCCAAUACCAGUAUUGGCUCGCACGUUUCACCAAGCAGCAACAUCAGCAGCAGUAGUCAUUCUAGUCAUAGUGCUCUACCAACGACGACGACGACUUCAACAGCGUCUGCAGGUUCCGCCGCGAUACCAGGAUAUCCCUUACAUAGUCCAUCUACUCGUUACUCGUCACAUUGGCGACCGCAUCAACAUCACCAACAGCAUGGACAUGGGCACAAUCAUUCAGUGCAUACACACUACAAUCAAGGAACUGGUGGGGUAAUGGCCAGUCCCUUGCGACCACGUUCACUCAGUUCAAAUUCUAGCGAUUCGGAUAUCCCGGGGCAAGCAAGUGGUAGUCCAUCAUUGGAAGAACGCAUACGCACCCUAGAUGAGAUGUAUGAGCGUUGGUCUGGUAGUGGUACCGGCGGCAGUAGUGCUGGCAUCGGUCCAACUCCUGGAGCCAAUGUCGUUAAACGUCAUGACUUUGGGGGCUACGGUGGCCCAAAUAUAUUUCGGCACGGUCAACGUAGUACUGAGCACCAUAGUAAUGUGCAUGUCACUGGUAACAGUGGGGCAACAUCUGCCACCCCAACUCGUUACAAGUUUCCUGAUCUUGAUGUCAAUGAACUGAAACCGUCUGAAAUUGUGAAAUCCGUUCUAGCGAAAAAAUCAAUAUUUGAUGAUGACUUACAGCGACUGAAGAAAAAUCAAUGGUAUGAACCGUCUUCGGAUGCUACGCAAUUGGCAAAACAUAUAAUGGGAGUUUGUACGUCACCUGGGCUUCCCAAUUUGGCAGCCACGAAAACGCCUGUUGUUGGUUGUACUACCACGAGCAGUGGAAAUGCUGCGGUGAGCAAACCAUCAGGAGCACUUUUGCAGCGACUUAGUAGUCUUUCGCCUAUGAACUCGCCACAGGCAUCAAUAUCGCCGUAUAACAGUCCGUCACCCUCGCCAUCGGUAAGUGCCAGCUUGGCGACAACAUCCCAAUCUUGCGCGCUCAAAGUGAUAACUACAGCGGCGACUACGGCGAGUAAUAACAACAGCAGCCUAGUGAGUAGUUCCAGCAUUGUGUCAACAGUUGCGUCGGCAAAUAGCGCAGCUGCUGCCAUGAAGGGUCUGCAAUAUCCGUUUCCCAGUCAUCCGCCCUUACCGAGCACGGCCGCACCUCUGCCUAUUGCUCAACCUGCGCCGCCAGCUGGACCAGCACCAUCGGACUUACCACAACCGAAAAAAUCGCUGAUACCGGCAUCAGAUGCAACCAUUCUAAGCACGAGUGGCUCUCGAGUGAAGAUAGAUUCGAUUACCAAAAGUCUUAGUGUACCAUGGGGGACAACCAAUAAUGCUCAUGGCGGUAAAAGUGAUGGUGGUCGAGUACUGACCAAAUCAGUUUCAGUUCCUGGUAGUACAAAUAUUGGAACAGUGAAGUCCAUAAAUUUACAUACAGCUGCAAGCGACACAGGGCAUCAUGUCCUAAGUAGGAGUUCUUCAGCUGCUGCGAGUGCUAAGAACGAAGAGGAACCAACAAAACCCUCAAAGCAAUCAUCAAACAAUCUGGCGACCACUUCGAAAAAAAGCGAGCGCACAUCUCACAAGCACAAUCAUCGCAAUGAAAAUGACAAGCGGUCCUCUCGAGGGGAGCGUGCAUCUGAGAGACGAAAAAACUCUACAAAUUCACAACUUUCGGGAACUUCAUCCUCUACACCUCGAGUGGAAGGCGACUCGAGUGAAAAUGAGGAGAAUGAUGGUGAAAAAGUAGAGAUGGUGGAAAAGAUAGAAAAAGCAGAAAAAGCGGAGAGAGAGCGCAGAGACCGAGAAGUUGAUAAAGAGAAAGAUAAACAGCAUAAAGAACGUGAGAAAGAAAAAGAGCGACAGGAGCGUGAAAAGCGGGAAAGAGAGGUGAGAAAACAAAGGGAAGAGCAGGAGGCACGGGAACGAAGAGAUUGUGAAGAGCGCGAGCGAAAAGAACGUGAGGAGCGCCAACGUCGAGAGCAUGAAGAACGUGAGCGUGUAUUAGAAAGAGAGAGGGUACAAAAGGAGCUCGAACGCAAGCACCUUGAACGUGAGCAACGCGAAAGAAAAGAGCUUGAGGAUCGCGAACUAAAAGGGCGCGAAGAAAAAUUGGAGAAAGAGCGUAAAGAAACGGAAGAGCGCGAACGAAAGGAGCACGAAGCGCGACAGCGAAAAGAACGAGAACGUGAUGAGCAGCGGCAGCGGGAGCAGAAACUGAAAGAGGAACGUGAACGACGUGAAAGGGAGGACGUGGAACACAAAGAUACGGAGCGUAAGGAACGGGAACACAAUCGGGAACAUUCACGAAAAAAAUCUGACUCGGUUAGCACAUCUGAUGACGCUAAUCACCAACAUACGUUUAGUAAUAAUCAAACCGAAAAUGAGAGUUUCUGUCAGAUCGCCGAUGUUGAACGUCAAAAUAACAAAGAAAACGCUGUAGAUGAACGGAAAAGCCCGACGACUGUUCAAGUUUCUGGUAAACAUCGUGCAAGAAAGUCCUCACGAAACUCACCAACGCGUCAACCAAAACGACGACUCAGCUCGCAAGACAGUAAUCACGGCAGUCUAAGUGGUCACACGCCCAUAACUGAGGACCCGGCAAAACGUUUACGUAUAGAUACUCAACAGGCGCUAAGCGCCACCUGCGUGCAAAAAAGUGAACGGCAGCCUUCAAAGGAAAGGUCGCAUGGCACCGAUCAGAUGUCGAAACAGUCAAGCGGAAAACAUCAUCAUCAGCAGCGUACUUUCAACCAGACUGUGGUAAGUAAUGCAGUGGCUGUGGACCCAGCUAUGGGCUCCGUAGAAAAACUCAAGCCCAAGGACCAUUCGAAUAAGCACAGAAGCAGCAAGCACCACAGACACCAAAUGCAUCAACACCAAGCCAAUACCAAAGACAGUAACAAAUGCGAAGAUAAUAACCCAACUUCAACGACUGCAGUGGCUUCAAUUGCAACGCCGGCCGGUGCGACGGCAGCUAAGGUCAAUCAUCAUGAAGACAUUUCAGAUGAAGAGCAGGAGAGUUCCACUAUUCAUUAUCAGAGUAGGCAUUCAUUGAACUCUAGUGGUGACGAAGGCACCAUGCUGACGCAACAAAGAUUGGCGACGAGCAGCAGUCAAUACAAACAGCGUGACCAAAGCACUGGUGGUGGGAGCCACCAUGUGCGCCAUAAAAGCAAACGGGAGCAUAGGGAGCGCAAGCGACCUUCAACUACGGAGUCUGUGGUAUCAGCAACAUGCAACAACUUGACAGAUGAGGAACUGACGCAAAAUCCAAGUAGACGAACAUCGGUUGCAGGCUCUCAAAGUGGUGAUUUGACCACAUCCUUACAAAAGUGUAAGCAGGAUGGUCAGAGAAGUGCGGAACGCAAGUCCUCACGGUGUUCGGAUGAAGGACUUACUGUGUCCACGCCACAGCAGCAAACACAUCAUCGACAUGGCAAUAACGCGAAAGUUACCCCUUCACGGCGAGUGAUAAUGAGUUCGGGUGACUCGGACGAUUCAGAUGACCCUACAAAUAGCGGGAAAAAACAUUCGAUUUUCGACAUACCUGAUGACGGUCCCUACGUUUCGAUGUACGACAAAGUGAAGGCUCGCUCUUGUAAGAAUAUGCAAAAGCACGAAGAAGAGAAGAAGAUCAAAGCGAAGUUCACGCAGUUGAAACAAUCACGUGCUAAGCGAGAGGAAAAGAAACGCUCAACCAGCUACGAAGGCGAUACCGACUCUGACUUCGAUGAGCGGAAUCAGCGUAGUGGCGGCAGCAGUUCCUACAAGUCCUCACGUAAUCAAACCAAUCUAACAUCCUCCUCCGAUGACGAUGAUGCUACAAAUAUGGGCGCAUUACGUCGGAGCUCCCAAGCAUCUCUACAUCCUCAACGAAUGUUCUCCGACUCGGAUUCAACGACCACCGCUGAGGCGGAAGCACGUCGUAGCAAACUGCACCACAAGCUCAUGCGCAUGUGUGAUGAUGAUCGUGAAGACAGUUCCGAGGACGAAAUACGUAAGUCAAUGACAUCGUCGUCUAACAAAGGCCGAUCUGUUAAGCGGAGUUCCCAAUCGACAUGCAUAGCAUCCGAUUCUGAGUCGCAGUCGCAACUUACAGCUGACAUAAAAAUUAAGCAGGAGUUGACUGAUGAAGAGGAGUGUGACAACAAAUUCAAACUGCAAAUAAAAUCGGAAAUUCAGCGUACAGAAGCCCCAGUGCAGACAGAUGAUGUUAAGCUAAAGCAACCGUGCAUAAAAACCGAAGAAGAAUCGAAUUCUGCGCAGACGGAAAUCAAACAAGAGUUCAAACACUUCCCGAUCAACGCAAUGGUCGAGAAUUCUGACUACGAUUUGCCUUUAGAACAUUCGAUGUCGAAAUCGUCCAUGAAAACACAGCAGCAUGGCACACAAGAGUCCCGAAAGAAGCACAAGAAAAGCAAGAAACGACAAAAGGGCUCACUACCUUUGUCAAAUGUUUCUUCGGCGCACAGCAUUGUUGAGGCCAAGAAUGUCUUGGUUACCCUUACACCCGGCUCCUUCCAGAUUAUGAACUUCAUGAGCACACCUGAGACCAAAGUGAAGGCUACGCUCUCGCCGACAUACGACCCAUUCGACGAAUUGAAACGUGAUUGUUCGCCCUUGUCUACAACAACAGCAAUAGCAACAGCUACAACAAUCUCCACAGGUCAUGUAAACAACGGAGCAAAUGAGUUUUCAGCAAGUGAGAAGAAGCGACAUAAAGAGCGCAAGGAGAAGAAGCGUGAGAAAAUGCGUAAUAUGAGCGAUGGCGGCGCAAGCAUUGAUUCGGAUAAGAUGUCUAAAGAGGAGCGUCAUCGCUUGAAGAAAUCGAAAAAGUCGAAGAGCCUAGACGUAACUAAGAUGCUAAACGAAACACCGAUCGCAAUAAAAGCAACGCCGACGUCAUCAAUAAUAUCUGAAUCGCCGCCAACUCCACCACCCCAAGAAGAAACAACACGACCUUCGACAGGUAUACCCUUGUCCGCCGCCAAACGCGGUGAGAAAAUGGAAGAUAUCUUUGGUCCGAUAUCGGACGAGGAGUCUCAGCAUACGGAUGGGGAGUGCAAAGAAGUGUCUUCAAAUUUCUCGACCGAUAGUUAUGGCACUCUCAUGACAACGUCCACUAACAUAACCGGACCGGUAGUUUCGGCCGCCUUGAACCCAUACAAGCAGGAUCCCCUUACACCUAAAUCACACACAGUUGAAGAAAAUGAAGAGAAUAAACAGAAGGCUUCUGCUGUCGUUGGUGAUAUUGGUGGUGGGCACAUCGAUCGUGAACGUCAUCGAAAGGAGAAGCGUGAACGACGGCGAAAAGAGCGCGAGAAAUCGCGCGAGCAGCACGCCCUCUCGGCGUUACAGCAGCAGAAGCAACAACAUGUUGAUGAUGAGAAUAGUGUUGAUCUUGACGAGGCCGGACGCGCGCUGGAAGCCCAGCUUAUGGAAGAUUCUGACAAUAAGGCGACUGAAGAUGCCACACCCUCCACAGCCACGACUUACCGGAGCGACAUGACCGAUGUGUUUCGCUUCUCCGAUGGUGAUGAAAAUUCCAUGGAUUCGCCUUUACCGCGCAGAGACAAAGCAGACGCACACGAGGUAAAUGUCACAAUCCAAACACAAUCGGUUGGGGCCGGCACGAAUGCAACUGAUGCAGCUACGGUCCCCCAUAUGAAGAGCAAGGAAAAAAAGAAAAAGAAAAAACGAUCGAAAGAGGAGCGACAUCACCAUCAGCGGCGUGAGUCUAGCGCUUCAGCCGGUUAUACACCACACCAAUCCAAUCAAUCACAACAACAGCAGAACCAACAUACAACCGAGCAGGUCCCAACGCCGUUGUCACAGGCAUCGCAAAUCACCAUGUCACCACCUUCGACAAGUAAGCUUUCAAUUGAUGUGUUGGCCGCCAACGUAAAGCAAAUGCAAAAAUUGGAGAGCCAAAUGCGGAAGGAUGAAGGCGGGGACAAUGAUGUGACGGCGGCAACAAAUUCAAAUUCAUCCAUCUGUAAGCCCUCACCCAGUUUACCCUGCUUAACCGAUGACGAUAUCGAUUUAAGCAGCGUCUCAUCCAUUAUACAAUCAACAAAGUCUAAUAGUGGUAUGCUGUCCUUAUCUCCGCUGCGCGACAAGAAGUUGAUAAGCCCAAUACCAAAUACACCGACUACAAGUACAACGAUCUUCGUAAACGAUAAGUCGCAUGCGGACGCUUGUGACCCUACUACAUCACCAGAAAGUUCGCUGACAACAGCGGCCGCGGCAGCUUCAUCUACGCCAACCACUUGUACAACGCCCGAUAAGCCUUCCUCAGCAGUAACUGGAGAAUCCUUCAGCGCCUCCCCCACUGCGGGAACACCGACCAGCAGCAAGAAGAAGCCCGAAAUUUUCAUACCCGGUUUUGAUGGUAAGCUAGAUGAAAAGAUUAGUGAAUCGGCUGUAAAGUCCAUUUCGGUCGAGUUCAAUACAUCCAUAUUGGACGCCAAUGCCGAUGAACCGAAUAUACCGGUGGAGUCACCACCUGAUCUCGCACCGAAGCAUAUGGAUAAGACCGAGGAUACGAAAUCCAGAGUAACUAUCUCGCAAGAGGAAACCGAAAGUGCUGUGUCCGCCUUAUUGGGGGAGAGCUUUGGCAACUCUUCCAAUAUUGAUUACUCGUUCCAAGAUGACUCGCUUGAAGAUGAUUUGGCCGUGGUCGAUAGCGUUAAUGUCGGGGCACCCGAACCGGAUGAAGAAGCAGCUAUCGCUGCAAAGGCCAUUGAGACAACUAUCGAGCCCUUGCAACCAGAAGAGGAUGCCGAAGAAGUCAACAAAGCCGUGCAGAGCCUCAGCACUGAAGAAAUGGACGUUAAAGUCGAUACACCGCAGUCUGAGCGUGGCCUGCAAAUCGAUACAGAUACAGAAGAGAAUGCUGAUGAAGCUGACAGCAGCGGCACGAAUUUGAAAAUCGAUGAGUCCGCCACAUCCGGUGAAGUCUCCGAUGAAUUGGGUGAAAAAGAAAAAAAAGAACCGAGUGCAGUCAUCCCUGAGGCAGUUCAAGAAAAACAAAAUAAAGCCUGCUCAGUCAUUACAAAACUGGAAGCAAACAAGGUAGCCCAGCCUGACGAGGGGGUGACCAAAGUGAAUUUAUUGCCCCAAUUGACUAAGUUGGAGCCACCGACAAUCAGCAAUUUAGUUCAACCCGCUGUGCAGCCCGUCAAAUCAGUGCUUCCGUCCAUGAUCAGUUUGGAAACACCAUCCACAACGAACGCCAACGCUGGACGGGAGAAGUCAGAAUCAGCUGCGUCAGUAACUUCAGCUGCUAUCACAUCCACCUCCACAACUGUCCAGUCAUCAACAGCAGCCAAAGUUACCUCGUUGGUUUCUUCGGUAGUGCAGCAAGAAAAGAGACCCUUUGUUGUUACUUCCUUGCCGAAUUCACUCGCCACCCCACCCACCAUCACCAUACCAGAGCCUCCAGCCCAUUUCGCCAUACCACAUCUAUUGAUAUCCCCAAGAAAUAGCGGAACCGCCACGUCUUCCAGUGGUGGCGACCAUCAAGUCCUAUCACCUAAAGGACAGCAGAAGCAGACGUCUGCACAAUUGCCAGCGCAUCCAAUCUCAGCUUACACGGUAAAUGUGCGCACACCAUCGCCUCUGAGUCCCCACAAGCAUGCAUCUUCGCGUGGCAGUACACCAACGCGACAGCUCAGUCCGACUGCGGUUGCAAUUGCAUCACCAACACCAACAGCAAAGCCCCCACAGCAGCAACAACAACUGUUCUUGCAUAUCGGUGGCCAACGCCCCUCACCAUUGCCACAUCAGCAACAACAGCAGCAACCACAGCAGGGUUUGCUAUGUUCACCAAACGGAAGCCCGCAACCGGCAAAUUUGCCCGCAAGCCCAGCCGUGACAGUUGGAAGCAAUACAAGUAUCGGUGCAUUGCACUCACCUCUACAUUUGCAAAAUGUAGAUGGCAGUAAUGUGGCCAUCGGCGUUAAGAAUCCUCUCUCUCCGCCUAUUGGGAACAGUGCAAAUAUGGCAAAUGCCCGCAAUUCUGCGCCUCAACAGCCAGCGAAGUUGGUUAUGGAGCAAAAGUCAUGUGGACCCGUAGCUCUAAUGCCCCUGACGGCAUCGCAAAUAUCUGCACACCACACGAUCAUCAGCAAGGUAGUAAGUGUGCAACCUCAGCAGGCUCAACAGGCCACUAUGUCGCCACCGCUGCCGUCUGUGCAAGUCAAUGUGAAGGGCUCUUAUAUUGGCAGUCAAAGCCAGGUGAUGACACGACCACAACAGCAACAACAACAAUCACACACGUUGCCAGCUCAGCAUGUUCUUCAACAGCAGCAGCAAAGGCUCUCGCCGCAAAUGAUUCAGUCUAUGCAGAAAAUGCCGACAUAUCAGCAACAACAGCCACCGCAUCAUUCACAACAACAACAGCACCAGCCACAGCAAACGCAACCACAAUAUAUGCAGCAACAACAUUUGUUGCAGCAACAGCGCCAGCAGAUCCAGGAACAACAACAACAACAACGCCAACAACAUCACCAACAAAUGCAGCAGCAAAUUUUGCAACAGCAGCAACAACAACAGCAUCUGAUGCAAAAGUUGCAGCAAAACAUCCAAAUCGCCUCACAGUCCGGAACAGCUGCAAAGCAACAACAGCAGCAACAACAACAACAACAACAACAACAACAACAACAACUGCAGCAGCGUCAACGCGUCUUGCCAACUCUGCAAAAUGCUCAACAACAGCAAUUUUCUCAACAACAUAAUCAGCAGCAUCAACAACAACAAAUACCGGCAAAUCGACAAGUAGCAAGUCCACCAAAUGCUCCAACUCCGUCGCCUCAUCAAAACUUGGUGAUUUUGCGAUCGCAGCACUCGGCCACGGUUGGUGGAACCCCUGUAAGCGCUUUACCACAAAAUGUCAUACAAGCUUCUUUACAAGUACCACAAAAGUCGGAACCAAUAAGUACUGCGCAGUUGCCAACAUCACCACCUAUGCAACAACUAAAACAUCAGCCGCCGCAGCAGCAUCAUCAUUCACAACAACAACCGCAACCACCAGUGAAUACAAUGGCUUCUAUUGGACUACCGUUUACAGCGCAAGUACAUUCCACUCAACCAAAAGAUAACUCAAAACAAUCAAACCCAUCACAAGUGUGCAACCUGCAGCUGCCAUCCUCGUCUCCAUCCGCAUCUGCAUAUGAGACAGUAAAACCGUCAAUGACCAUAGCAAAUGUUGGCCCGACACCCCAGGCAAGUUCACAGAAAAUGCCGAUAGCUGUUGAGACCAAAUCACCUACGCCUACUGCAGCAGCCACUGUAAUGUCAAACCCAGCGCCAACAACAAAAACAAGUCCAACACUUGAUGCCAAUAAACAACAACAAAAGCCACCGUCUUCGCUUGUAGCCCAUGUGAAGCCGACAACAAGAAUGGCAGAAAGCGUCUCCGUUAUUUGUAGUGUCGAAGGCAACACCGAGAAGGUAACAACCAAGAUACCUUUUCCUCAGCAGAAACGAGAUCCAUCAAUGCCUGCCCUGAACAUCGAAGAGUCCUUGGUCCCCACGAAAUCGCUAGAUUCCGUUAUAAAAAAGGUCGAAGUACCAGAGAAUAGCUAUGGACACAGCUUACCCAUAAUUCCACCACAGACAGAGAUUGAGGCAAAACCCGACAAGCCUUCUGCCUCGAUGCCAGUUAUAAACCAACAAACAUUGAACACCACAGAGAAGAGCAAUGUGCAGCUACAGCAUGGUAUUAACACUCCAACUUCGACCCCUGUUGUAGAGGAUGUGGUCAAAAAUGCAAUGCUUACAGCAGGUACAAAAUAUGGGAAAGUUAUUGAGGAUACGAGUAAGGCUAGAUCACUCAGCUCUUCGGAUUCGAUAAAUCUAACUUCUGGAGCAAAUAGCACCGAUCACGAAACUGAAGACGAGACGGAAACCAAACAGACAACUGCCUCCAUGGGGGAGAACCAAGCAAGCGGUAAUAAUAGUUUGGGUCGUAAUAAUGUAAGCACUCGUGGCGGCACAGCUAAACGCGGGCGCCAGGCGCGUGGUGGAAAGAAACAGGUUGCCAAUGUCGUUGCGCCCGUAUUAGCAACACAGUUGUCGGUUCCUCCGAAAGAACAAACUGGAAUCCAAACCCGGCUACGCAAACCGACAACGGCGGCGCCAGUGGUGCGGGGACGCAAAGGUCGACCACCUCGCAAUCUUUUGGUACAACAACAACAACAACAUCAGCAGCAACAACAACAGCAACAGCAACAACAGCAGCCACCACCGGCUGCAAAGUCACAAACCCAAAUACCCCUUUCUGGCGAGCCAUUCGAUCAAGUGCAAGUGCCGAGCGGAAAGAGUGCGGCGCUGCCACCACCACAGCGUAUCCAUGCUUCAGCGAAAAAGACUGAUUCCGGUGUUGUUGGUGGAUCCGAUGUGUAUGAAUUCCAUGAUGAUUCCGGCGAAGAAUCGAAAACACCGCAGGACAAUGCUCACACUACAACUAGUUCCAGCGGUGGAGAUGUGCGACCUCGUUUGAUUUUGACCAUUAAACCAGGUCAAAAUGUUCCUAUCGUGAAAGCCAGCGAAAAGCUCAGUUUCGCAGCUACAGUAGACGUCGCAGCCGCAAAAACGAUCACAUCGCCGCAGCAACAUCAAGCUACCACUAACAUAGUGACAACUGCCUCCCAUCCUGAACCAAUUGAGGGUAAAAAAUGUGAAAUUCAGAUACCAGCUUCGGCUUCUACGUUGUCUGCAGCCGCACAACAAACUCAACUGCCCGAUAUGCCAACUGUGGAAGUCACACAAGUAACCUCGGUGACCACCACGGCAGCUAUGAACUCAAUUGGAACAUAUAAAACGGAACAUACACAACCAGCACAAGCAAUCACUUCGUUACAUAUUAAUUCCGCCGAUAUACCUGCCAAUGCAAGUGGUUCCGCAGCGGCUAAUACCAGAAAAUCUCGCCGAUUACUCGAAAAAGAUCGCUGUACAAUCGAUGAUGUCAUUGAAGACGUUGUACGGAACACAAUAACGGCUGGGCUUCUGCAGAAGGGCGCUCAAACGCCUCCUAGGCGAUCCGGACGUAACGCGAACAGCACUUUGAAAAAAGAUGUGGAAACACCGCCCUCAUCGCCAGCAGUGGGACGACCGAGGCGAUCAAAAGAUCGCAAAGGUAGCACAGAACAUACAAAUACCUCGUUCGAUCUCUCCUCAAGCGACACAGAUGAACAACACAAGAAGGCAAUACCGGCUCCAACGAAGCAGGAUCAGCGGUUAUUAACCGCACCUGUAACCAUGACUCACGACUUAGAAGAACCGUCAGCUAGCGGAACAAAUACUGGUACAAAUGCAACAAGCGCUCCCAGCUCUUUGCCUUUGCAAGUAAUACCUGUAGCACCUGCAAUAUCAACAACAGCAGCUACAACAGGAGUUUCCGUUUCCGCUAUAACGUCUGUAUCAAAAACUUCGACAACAGCGCCGUCUUCUCAACCCGCUAUCCAGUCACCUUCAACUACUCCAAUAACACAGGUUUCAACAAAACCCACGACGAUACAAACCGAUUCGCAAUCGCAACCAACACCAAUGCCAAUCCAUCACGUCAUGCCACAACAUCCGAAAAAGAAGGUAUUAGCUGCAGCUGAGAUUGAGUCUUUUGUUGCAAGUAACAAUGGUAGUACGAGAACCAACAGUAAAGUCGAUGAAAUCAACAACGCACCCAUAUCCUCUAUAUCGUCUGGUGACAUUCCCGCCGUUCACUCGCCGGCCCCUGCCACACAGAAGAGAAGUGGGGGAACCGCUGAUAUGGUAAGUAAAUCACAUUCCGAUCUGGCCACUGGACUAAUCCCCGGUACUUUGCAACAUGGCAAGGAUGGCAAUUUGCCAGCAGCAACAGCCGUAGCAACGGCGGCAGCAACCUUAGCCACAAUACACAAAACACCUUUGGACGCAAAAAAAAUAGUGCAGGCGGCCCUAGCGGCGGCUACUGCAGAAAAUGCUACGCAGUCACACGAUGUACGCAGCACUGCAACGUUGAUUACGAAAGUUGGCUCCAACCACAACAAUAUACCAUCAACACAAAUAGUUCCUCAGACAGCUACGGUAUCCCAUGCAACACCUCUAACUGCGGUAACAAAACCAUUGCAAGUGGAAGCUUCUGCGAAGCCGUUGGGGACUCCUCUAUCACUGUUGAAUAAAUCGGCGGUGAGUGUUGUCGUAAAGACCACAACCACGCCCGUUAUCAUUAAACAACAAAUUGUGCAGCCGCAGACGACUAUAACACCGACGACAUUACCGAACAGCAAGCAAGCGAUUGUGGUGCAACAGAGUCCGGUAGUGAUGCAUGCACAACCAUCCAACGUGCGGCCUCCGACCCUGAAGGCGCACGUGCUCAAUAGCCAAAAGAGUCUUCAGCAACAACAAAUGUCACAAUCCCAUCACCUCUUGUCUCAGGUGCAGCAGCAGCAGCAGCAACAGCAACAGCAACAACAACAGCAACAACAACAGCACCAGGCGCAGCCACAACCUCAGCCGAUGCAUCAUCAACAACAGCCGCCGCCACCUAAGCAUAUUGUUGUCUCCAGUGCGAAUCCUGCAAUUGGAUCCAAUGUGAUAACGGCACGUCACGCCCUACAACAUCAACAACAACAACCGGCAGCUCAACAACUCCUGGUGAACAUUCCGUCAUCAAAUAUUAACCAAACGUCCGCUGGUAUAAAUUCACCUCAUAUACAACAACAACAACAACAACAACAACAACAGCAGCAACAGAAGCAGCAGCAAAAUCUGUCACAACACCAGCAGGCACAGCAAACGCUCGUAAUAAAGCAGGGCCAAAGCGGAGCGCCUCAAAUGCCGACGCAUUCGUCCGUUCGUCCGUCCGUCAGCUUGAAAGGUGCGGUAGGCGAAGUCUCGUCUGGUCUGCAGCACCAUCAACCGUCGGCGAUGCAAGGCGGUAAAACGCCACAACAUACAGCCGUAUAUGCGCUGGCAUCAACUCAGCAGCAGCAGCAGCAACACCCACAACCGCAAAUAACGGUGCUAACGCCGCAACAACAACAUCAGUUGAUUAAGCAACAUCACCAACAGCAACAACAGCAACAACAGCAGCAGCAUCAACAACAGCAGCAGCAGCAGGCAGUGUUGCAGCCGCCUGUGAGCAUAUCGAUGGUUACUCAGCAGCAACAACAUACUCAAAACAUUCAGCUGCCGCAUGGAGUGGCUGCAGUUCACCACCAAAGCCACAGCAAAUUGCCCCCGCAACAACAGCAGCAACAAACACAACCGGCUUCACUUGUAAUUCAACCAGGUGGUAUAAUAGGUCUCCAACAUCCCACAAUGCUAUUACAAGCCAAGCCGCCUGCGCAUCUGCAAGUGCAACAAGCCCAUCAACAGUUGGCUGGAUCACCGCCCCUACAGCAGAGUGCCAUGUCAGUUGCCGUUGCCACGAAACCCACCAUUGCUGCUAUGCAAACGCUGCAAGCUCAGGGCGUACAAAUAUUACCAGGCAACGUUGCAAGCCCACCGCCCUCAGCACUGAAACAGGUCACUGCGCAACAACAGCAACAGCAACAACAACAGAAUUCUCAUAACACUUCCAGCGUACCAGGCGUCAGCAACAUUCGCACCAGCAUUCCCACACUAAGUCCACAGAGCCAAUCACGAGUCGGCCCUCUACUGCUACCCACAGGGAUGCCAAUGCCACCGUUUGAGCCAAAUAUGCAUGAAAUCGGCAGUUAUUGCAACAGUUCGUCUGGUUCACGUACAGCAAAAAGUCCACCGCCUGCACAUCAGCAGGCCUCGCCCAUAACGCCGAGUGAAGCUAGUUUCCCGGUUGGCGGUAUACGGGGAGUCCCAGCCCGCGACUCGUUCAUCAUAUACCAGCAUAUACUGCGCAACCAACAAGAGUCAAUGAACGCUUCUAUCCGUGGUGAAUUCGAUGACAAAAUGCUCGGCAGCAGUCCGCCAUUGGAACUGCGUCGACCAGGUAGCGUGCCGCGCACCAUUGCCGUACCGCAUGGCCUACAGAGUCCACAAGACCGCGCAACAGAUUCCCCACAAGUAGCGCAAGUGUAUGUACAUAACACUCGACUACCACACGCUCAUUACCCAGACCGAGCCUUCUAUGAGCCUGGUCGUCAAUUGCCUAUCGAGCCACCGCCUGCACAUCGUGCAGGUGCAACGCACAGUGUAGUGGCGCCACCGCCGGUGGUCGUACCACCUCCAAGUGCAGGCGCAGCGAGUCCAUUUGUUGGUACCUCAACAGUACCGCACGCAUCUCCAGCACUGAAUGUGGGAAGUGGUAUUGUGAAUGUGACACCAUUGCAACCAGCAUCAGCUGCACAAUUGCAUACUACUCAAUUGAUGGAGCAUGAGCGUGAACAACGUGAGCGCGAGAAGCACCAACAACUGCAACGUGAGAAAGAACGCAUUGUAAUGUCUGGCUCCAAUAUCGAUAACAUGCCAACGGUACCGCCUGCAAACGCGCAAUCAAGAAGUAUACAAGUAGCUACGCCGCCUCAAGUGAUCAAUCCACCACCUGUGAUACAACCGCCUACACCCGAUUCCCUGCCCACACUGCUGCAACGUUAUCCGGUUAUGUGGCAAGGUAUUUUGGCGCUGAAGACGGAUCAGGCGGCCGUACAAAUGCAUUUCGUAUUUGGCAAUCCGCUUGUGGCGCGUGCGUCCUUGCCCAGCAACCCGGACGGUAGCAUGUCACCACCUCUCCGUAUAGCACAACGUAUGCGACUAGAACAGACACAACUUGAUGGUGUCGCCAAGAAGAUGCAGUACGAAAACGAGCAUUGCAUACUAUUGGCGUUACCCUGUGGACGCGAUCACGCCGAUGUGGUGCAGCAAUCACGUAACCUGCAAACCGGCUUUAUUACCUAUAUGCAACAAAAAAUGGCGGCAGGCAUUGUGAAUGUACCGAUGCCGGGUAGUGAGCAAGCGGCCUACGUUGUCCACAUAUUCCCUUCAUGUGACUUUGCAAAUGAAAACUUGGAGCGAGCUGCGCCCGAUUUGAAAAAUCGUGUGGCCGAACUUUCUCAUUUGCUAAUAGUAAUCGCAACGGUGUAAAUGGCGUAAAUGUCAGAAUGAUAGAGUCCGUGGGCGAUUAUAGUAAAAGUGCGAAACAUCACGUCCAGCUGCUGAUACCCUACUCCAGAGCGUAAUGCAUAGAGGGCAUUCCAGCAGCUCGAUAAAGACCAGAAUUGAAUACGCAAACUUGACAAGUACUACAAAGCAGACUACAAGUCGGCUGUCACCGGAUAGAGUAAUGCAUAGCUUGUGUGCUUCAAAACACAGCAGCUGCAAUGAAUGAAGAAUAAGAAAAAAAAUACCAAGAAAAAUUAAAUACUAAAUGCUAAAAUAAAGUGAGUGUCAUUAAAUAGUAAAGUACGCACACAUACACCCCAAACAUGUUACGAAAUACAAAUGCGAGUUAUUGUAGUAAUUAUGUUUUUUUUUUUGUAAUAUAUUUAUUAAAAAAAAAAAAUAAAGAGAGAAAAACACCAAAAAUCCUUUUGCGACAAUACACAAGCAUAGUAAGACACAUGUAACAACAAAUGAAGGAAAAACAGAAAAUGUAAUCGACUAGAGUUUCCGAAUUAUAUGAUAUAAAUGAAUUAAAAAGUUGGAGUUAAGUGGAGUUAAGAAAAAAGAAUUUCACGCUCCUGACAAACAGUCAAGUCGACACAAUAACAAUGGAAAACAAGCAAGCAACUCUGCGUAAUAUAACGGUAGUGCAUGCAAAUAUUCCAUGAGAGGUAUCCGUCACAGGGCGGUUGAGAGAAAAAUUAAAAAUUGUAAAAACUAAAAUUAAUGAAAGUAAAUAAUGAGUAUAUGCAGACAUACAAACUUGUUAAAAAUGUUUAGAAAUUUAAUUUGUAAGCUUUUAAGCAAAUUGUUAUAAGCUUUGUGAAUACCUCUUCAAUUUUUGUCUAAUUAUUAUUUAAAUUUUAUGUCUAAUCUAAUUUUGGACACCGCACUAGUUGAAUGCGUAUAUUUUCCUUAUUGUUUUUGUGGUACAGAAUUAAAGAAAACAAAAAAAGUAAAAAAAAAAAGAAAAACAAAUAUUAAAAAUAAUAUUAAUAAGAUUAACAUAUUAAACUAAUUUACGCAUAUGAACUAUGAAAUUUGUAAUUUAUUUAUUUGAUCUCAAACUAAAGGAAAAAAGGAAUGUUUACUACCAAUUUUUUGCUUUAUCUUUAAGGUUGAAAAGAAAAAUAGUAAUAAAGCAGACAAGGCAUACAGAAUUUUUCUUAUUAGAUUAUUUCUCGUCUUUAAAUUAACUCUCGUGUUAACAAUCAAAAAGGAAGCAAAACCACUGCCUUGUACAUAACUCGUUGAGGGAUUAAGAUUUAAAUUUCUGCUCAUUAAAAAAAAAAUAAGUAAAUGAAAGCAAUGUGAGCUUGUUUCCAUAAGAUUGUAUGCGUGACAUGAACUUCCUCAUUGCGAAUUCAAAGCAUACACUCUUGUGGAUUCGAUCUCGUAUUAAACAUUUAACUGUGUUUAGUCGAAAGCGUUGAGCAGACACAUUUUUUCCAAGCGUUCCGGCUUGAAAUUUUGUUGUUCUUCCCAGCGAUAUUCGAAAGAUGCAGUCAAAUUCUUUACUGCGAAAAAUUGUGCUUUGUGCGAAUGUGUGUUGAAGAUUAAUAAUUAAUUUACUAACAAAUAUGAGGUUCUCCGAAUGCCUUAGAUGCUUGUUAUAUUGUAAGUUCAAAUGCCAAAAAAAAAAAAAAAAAAAAAAAAAAAAAAAA